UCUUAAGUUAAAGUGCAGUUUUGUUUUCCAUAUAGUGUUUAAGUUACGGGAAGGGGCUAACCUUGGGGAUUGCUCUAGUUUCAAAGGUCGUAUGUUUGGGUCAUGUCUCCAAACAGAACCGGUGACCUCCUCUGACUAAAAGCUGAGAUCAGCCUAGAGAGGAAUGUAGGUUGUCACCAGAGCUAUUUUGGCUAUGUACAGCCACUAAUGAUUGUGAUCACAGAGCAGAGUUCAGAGCAGUUGCUUUGCUCUCCUUUUUUCCUGCCAGCAAGUUUGAUCAUGCAGCUCUCACCGGCGCAGCAGGGAUUACAGAGUUAAACGGAUGGCACGUCGGCUCCGCUUGCAUUUUGCGUCAAGGAGAAGCAACACGGACCCUCUGUCAGAAAGCCUCAGCAGCCAUGGUGAGGAGAGUGGAGUCGGUGUGUCAGCUCAUAGCCCCGCAGAGAGUCUGGCGCACAGUUCUGUCCACUUGAAGGUGACUCCUCUGUCACCAGACUAUGGUAAUAGUCGGUACUCUUCAGUUUUCAUACCCAGGGUGAACGCUGGAGGAUGUAAUAAGAAGAGCAUACUGCAGAUCUCGCUGCAGCCCUGUGGAAAACUCGGUGGAGAGCUGGAUGGCAGCAUAGAGGAUGGAGAGCCGGUGGUUAGUGAAGGAGGAGCAGGUACUGGCUCUGACGGAGGAUCGUGCAGCAGCAGCAUGGCAAGCGAUGCCGGGUACUGUAGCAGCAACAGCAUCUUUGAGCCAGAGGCUCCAGAAAAGCACAGGACCACCCAGGAGAGGAGUGUACUCUGCUGCAAGUCCAAGGUCCCAUUAAGACGGUGCUCCUCCUUGGUGAUAUUUCCAAAGAGCCCCUGCAGCACCCCACCUGCUUCCCCAGUAAGUCCAGUGGCUCUGCCUGCUCUCCCACCACCAAAGGGGUCUAAUCAGUCAUCUCUUCAGACAUUUGCCAGUGAAUACUCACAAGAUGAUGAGGAGGUGGCUUGCAAAGGGUCCACCACCACGGCAGUUAGUGGUCAUCGUCACCCAAAAGGAAGCUGUUCAACUGAAUUCAGGGACACGAAACACAUGGUGCAAUUUAAUAUUCCUUUACAGGAUGAACCAAAAUGCAAAAUGGAGGACAGGAGUAAAGUGAUGGAACUGUCAUCAGCUCUAGACAGAUCAAAUCGUCACUCCAGCAGCGUGUUGCUGCACUUUGCCCACCAGAGACCAAUGAUGUCGGGAAAGGGAGCUACAACCACGGCUACGGUCAAUGUGGAAUACCCUGAGACUCAUUAUCCAGCUGCACACCCUGAGGGCGAACACGACGCUCACAAAAAACUCUAUCGUAGUACCUCGGCGUGUUUGUUUUCCUCAACCAAACCAUCAGAGAAAAACCAUAAGGUGUGUUCACCAGAAAAAGGCCAAGAAAGGCCCGAGGAGAAUCACUGUCAUCGUGCCAUCCAAAGGAGCUUUUCCCUUGAGGUGCCCUACGCGAACACUGGAAUUUCAUGUCAUGUUUCGAACCCAAAACUCAGCAGCCCUUGUUCUCCCCAUGUGCAUAUUCACUUGUCCCCAGGCUGCCCGGCUAAGUUGCCUAGUUCUGUCACUGAUGUUAACACAAGCCACAAAGGGGAUAUUACACCAAAGAGCCCAGGUCAAAACACCAAGACACGUGACGACUUUCUCGGACAGGUGGACGUCCCCUUAAAUCAGAUACCGACAGAAAAUCCUAAUACAGAAAGACCAUACACAUUCAGGGAUUUUCUGCUUCACCCACGAAGCCACAAGUCCAGAGUCAAAGGUCACCUGCGUCUCAAAAUGACUUUCCUGCCAAAAAACCCGGGUUCAGAGGAGGAAACGACAGAUCAGACUGAGGACACAGAUCCUGGAUGGGAGCUUCUGGAGACUCAGGACAUGUCCGGUCCCAGAGAAAGCCAGCUGCUGCCUCCUCUGCCCCCUGGCUGGGAGGAGCGGCAGGACAACCUGGGAAGAAUUUACUUUGUCAAUCAUGAAAGCAGAACCACGCAGUGGCAACGACCCUCGACGCAGGAUGCUGACUUGGAAACGCUGAGAAGACAGAACAAUAACAUGGAUGUGGAGCAUGCUUUCAUUACACGCAGACAGAUCUCAGACCACGAUGAGAACAACACACGGGAGUCCCCAGAGAGCUGGGAGAUCAUAGCGGAGGACGAGUCCACCUUGUACCACAGCAACAACCAGAUCACAUCACCUCCACCUCAGGCGCCUGCAGAGUUCCACCCGUUCUGUGACGAGCUGAGAAACGUUCACAUUUCAGGGGCCACAGCUGGCGAGCAGCGCACCUCCCAGACGGAUCAUGCUAGCAAUUCGAGCCAUUCCAGUCUCAGAGGAAGUGCCCAGGCUUCAGGGGGAGAGGAACAUCCAGUUAAUCCAGUGCUACUUCCAACCUCAACUGGGUUGCCUCCAGGCUGGGAAGAGAAGCGGGACACUAAAGGAAGACGCUACUUCAUCAACCACCACAGCCGAACCACAACGUGGACACGACCACUCAUUCAGAGAACCUCAGAGGCUGCAGCACAGAGCAGUGCAAGUGUACGCCGAAGCCCGACACCGCCUCAUCCACCUGCACCACCUGCACCACCUGCACCACCUGCACCACCUGCACCUCCUGCACCUCCUGCACCUCCCGCACCUCCCUCACCACCCGGGGAGUCUCCUCAGAGCACUCCAAGCCCCGAGGCACCCUAUCAGUCUGGCUUCUUGCCGACCGGUUGGGAGGUUCGCAGUGCUCCCAAUGGAAGACCCUUUUUCAUCGACCACAACACAAAGACGACUACCUGGGAAGACCCCAGGCUAAAGAUCCCCGUGCACAUGAGGAGGAGACCCUCACUCGACCCCUCUGAUCUUGGCCCUCUGCCGCCUGGUUGGGAAGAAAGGGUCCACUCCGAUGGGAGGAUAUUCUACAUCGAUCACAACACCAAGACCACACAAUGGGAUGAUCCCAGAUUACAGAACUCAGCUAUAACUGGACCAGCCGUGCCUUACUCCAGAGACUAUAAACAGAAGUACGACUACUUCAGAAAGAAGCUGAAGAAACCGGCGGACAUCCCAAAUCGUUUUGAGAUGAAGAUGAGACGGAAUGCCGUGCUGGAGGACUCGUACCGACGCAUCCUCUCAGUUAAGAGGGCAGACCUGCUGAAGGCACGACUGUGGGUGGAGUUUGAGGGAGAAAAAGGACUGGACUACGGUGGCGUGGCCAGGGAGUGGUUCUUCCUCAUGUCCAAGGAGAUGUUCAACCCGUACUAUGGACUCUUUGAGUAUUCUGCCACGGACAACUACACUCUGCAGAUCAACCCGAACUCAGGUUUGUGCAACGAGGACCACCUGUCCUACUUCAAGUUCAUCGGCCGAGUGGCCGGCAUGGCCGUGUAUCACGGCAAACUCCUUGAUGCGUUCUUCAUUCGGCCGUUUUACAAGAUGAUGCUGCAGAAGCCGAUCACCCUCCAGGACAUGGAGUCUGUGGACAGUGAAUAUUUCAACUCCUUGAUGUGGAUUUUGGAGAACGAUCCAACGGACUUGGAUCUGAGGUUCACCAUCGAUGAGGAGCUGUUUGGACAGACUCACCAGCAUGAACUGACGCCGGGCGGCACAGAGAUUGUCGUCACCAAUGACAACAAGAAGGAAUACAUCCAUCAUGUGAUGCAGUGGAGGUUCGUGAACAGAAUCCAGAAGCAGAUGACGGCUUUCAAGGAGGGAUUCUUUGAGUUGAUACCACAAGAUCUGAUCAAGAUCUUUGAUGAGAACGAGCUGGAGCUGCUCAUGUGCGGUCUCGGAGACGUGGACGUGAACGACUGGAAGGCGAACACCAAGUACAAGAACGGCUACCUCGCCAACCACGUCGUUAUCCUGUGGUUUUGGAAGACGGUGCUGCUGAUGGAUGCAGAGAAGCGAAUCCGACUUUUGCAGUUCGUGACAGGAACAUCCAGAGUCCCCAUGAAUGGCUUUGCUGAACUCUAUGGGUCUAACGGGCCGCAGCUGUUCACCAUCGAGCAGUGGGGAACACGUGAUAAACUUCCCCGAGCCCACACAUGCUUCAACCGGCUGGACCUUCCUCCGUACGAGUCCUUCGAGGAACUGAGGGAGAAACUUCACAUCGCUAUCGAGAAUGCACAAGGCUUCGACGGGGUGGAUUAGCGCGCACACGAGCUCAAAUGACUUUACUGCCGUCAGAGUAAAGCCGAGCGGCGUGACGAGGAAAAAAAACAAGCUGUGCGUCAGACUCGGGUCUUAACCUGCCAGCUGUGUGACAGAUGAAGGACAGCUACAGCACCUUGGCUUUGGUCCUCUGUUGGAGCACACAUGAAGAGCGGACAUUCAACCCGGAGUGACGGAGGUAUUUUUGUAUCACUCCGCGUGUUCUGAAGUUUACAAAACAGGUUAUCUUAUUAUUUGAUUUUUUUUGUAUUGUAAGUCGCUCAAAGGUGUAUUCACUCUUAUUUGUUCUGCUAAAAUGCUUAAAUAUUUAAAGAACUUGAUUCUGUGAAAUGACGAUAGGAAAGAAAUUAAUGUGAACGCAAGCUGCACAGUAUAUGACAAAAACUUUUAACCUUUAAGAACGAUAGUUUUAUCCGAUUUGACCCACUUUAUGCUCAGCUUUCCACAUCUCCUCUGGGAAACCGAUCACCUUCAUGUCCACAUCAGGGGUCGGAAUAAUCAAACACACGAUGCUGAAGUUAAUAUUAGGAUGAAAAACGUAAUCAUCACUCACAACCUACAUCUGCAGUACUAAUUCUGUUCACACAUUACUGUUCAGCUGUGCCUUUAAACAUGCCCUUCACCCAAAAUGUUGUCCAGGGAUUUUACAAACGAGGCAUGAAACAAGUUUUUUUUUGUUUUUGAAAUUUUCAUUCCAGUGUAUUAGAGACACUGACGCAGUAAAUCACACAUAUAUGGACCUCAGAAGCAUUUGUAGCAGAAAAUGUGCAGGUUACAUACAAAUUUGAGCGACUGCAGUUAAACAGAUUGUAUCAAUGUGUCAGUUAAUCGUUAUGGUAGUGAUGUACCAAUACCAGGACCAGUAAAAGGCUAAACUAAUUAUACUGUAGUUUGUGUCUGUGUCGUCCACAGAUCCAAAGACGUGACUGCAUGCAGUGUUAGUUUGUGUUGAAAUACUAUGCAUAAUUGUACAUAUUGACAUUAGAUAAUAACUGAACAUAACUUGAUUUGGGAGUUUUUCAGAUAUUACAGUAAUAGUUGUACAUGCUAAUAUUAACUUCGCCUUCUAAAAACUGAUAAAGUUGUUAAAACUGUUAAAGUCACUCAAAGUUGUCAAAAUGGCCAAAAAGAAAAAAGUUAUUGAUGCAUCUCUGCAUUUAUUCAUGAUCGGUAGCUCCUAAAACUGAAGUUCAACGCUGAACUUUUUAUGUUCCAGAAGAAUAAAUACAUGUUUAUUUACAUCAUAUCUCCUGAGGAUUAGCUUUUCAGAAGCCUAACCAUACAGCCUGACCGUACACAGUUUGCUAACGGCGUGUUCAAUGCUAUGUUUUGUUGCCUUUUGUCAGUGAAUGAAAUCAUUUUUGUUUUCUUCUACUCAUCAAGGGUGUCUAAUUGCAACACAGUGCUCUAUUUUUAAGAGUACAACUUUAAAAAUUGUUUUGUUGGUUGUCAAAAUAUGUACAGAUUAUCGUUUUUCAAAAUGAGUAAUCACUCAGAAUACCUUUGUAAGAAAGUGACUGUGCUUAAGCAGUAGUUUUAUCCUUUUCUGAACGGUGAAACAUGUGUUUACACUACCUGCCAUGUUUACAGGUAAAGGAAGAUAUUGUGGGCUGGUUCUUGUCUCUGACAACACAAUUUUAUACUUAUGCUUUUAUAAAGUGAAGCACUUUGUUAAUAUUGAUGAGUCUUACUUCUGAGCUGCCUGAAUCUUUGCCAAUCUGUCACCUGCGGACUCCUUAAAUCACUUUUUUGACAACAUGAUCCUAUGCUUCAAGUGCACAUGUGUUUAAAUGUUUACAUGUGAACAUUGCUGAAAAUAAGCACAUUCUCUUCUUUCACUUAUAUUUAAAAUGAAAUACCAAGGCCUUCAUUUGUAAUGUGUUGUAGAAUUUGAUUGUGUUCAUCGAUGUUCCGAUCUCUGAAUGGAAGUACUGUUAUAUAUGUAUUAUUGUCUACUGAAGAAUAAUGAAUUGAUCAACUUUUCAUUUCUGAUAUAUCAAAAUUCGUUAUUAUAACACCUAUAAGUGCAUUACAACAGCAUAAAUGCAACAUUUAUAUAUAAAUAUAUAUAUACACAACAGUUUAAAGGGCAAAAUGAACUGUAGCUGUUAAAUCCCAAUUUGAUGACCUAUAACACACCAAACUGAAUAUAAAUAUAUUUGAAGAAAUAAAAAAACAUAAAGACAGUUA